ACACCGACGCUCAUCUGAAGCCUACGCCCCAUACGCCCCCUCGUUCCCUGUCCUGAUUACGUAAAAAAGAUUUUAUAUGACCCCAGAACCAGCGGCAGACUGAUAACAUAUCCCGGCGAUAACCAGGAGACAACAGCAACCAAAACAAGCCAGGCUGAUCGAGGUUGCCUGGCGUCGUCGAGGCGGCCCGCGAACCCACCGUCCCGUGCCGCCGCCCCGUUUCCUGCGCACGACUACUUAGGCAGAGAGAAACAUUCGAUUGAGACUUCGCACGAAGAUCACUACCGCGAGACGUCGCGAAGCGCGGACCCGCACUAUUUUUCGCAGAUCGGAUUCGCCUUCGCCUUCGCCGCGAACGCAAAUCAAAAAGGCAGCCCGCGGCUGCAGAAAUUGGUCCGCGCGCACGACCGCUGCGCAGAAAUUGUUGCGCACAACAACCGAAGCCAGGCAAGAAAAGCAUGCCCCAAAUCCACGCCCACGAGACGCGCGGCGCCGCCGCCUGGACGGCGGCCACGAAGUCUACCAGUAGCGAGGAUCAUAUUAAGAGGAGCAUGGCCGCCACGUCGUCGCGCUGCGAGGUGCUCCUGGCCAUCCGAGAGCAGGGCGGCAACGACGACGAGUCCUACGUCGAGUUACUGGUCCACGCUUUGAAAUGUAGACAGUUAUCUGUGAGUAGAGAAGGCAGAUACCUACUCGUGACGUGCAAGGGCGACGUGCUAGCAAGGGAAGCGGACGCUUGUAAAUUGGUGAAGACGAGACGGAGCGAUAAGAGGGUGGAGGUCUUUGUUGACAGGGACGGGGCGAGAUUGCGGUACGAGCUCGACGCCGAGGGGUGUUUGUUCUCGCGGGCCGAAGAAGCGUUAUUACUUGAACGAGCGUGUACAAAAGCUACGGUCGAACAGGCCGCGGAAGGUCUCGGAGCGAGGUGGAAGAAGAAAAGUAGAGACUUGCCGCCGCAAAUCGCUCAAUUAGCGGAAGACUCUUUACUGGAAGCCUUGAAGCAGACGGGAGUCAUCGAAGAUUCUGUUAUUUUGGGCAUCAACACCCAAAUGAGCUGGUGGGCGUGGGUGUGUGCGCCCUCACAAAAGAUCCACAAGGCCUUCGGGAGCGACGUCGCGUUGUACUUCGCGUGGAUGAAUUUUUUUCAGUUGUGGCUGUUAAUACCUUCUUUAGUAGGAGGGUACGUCUACCACCUGAGGAUCGAGGAAGGUGUUUCUAUUGACGACGACCAGUGGGCCCCGGUGUAUGCUUUAGCGGUGUGCUUGUGGGCGGCGUUGUUCUGCAAGUUUUGGAGUCGUCGUGAAGCUCAAGUAGCCGUGGACCACGGCGACGUUCUAUUGGCGAGCGACGGUGGUGUGCGGCCGGGCUACCGGGGCGCGCCGCGGCCGUCGCCCGUCACUGGGAAAUUGGAGCGGUAUUCGCCGCCGAUCUAUAGGCAUUUAGCGUACAUCCUCUCCAUAAUCGUGACGGGUUUGAUGUUACGCGUCGCUUUAUUAUGGCAUGUGAUAUCACUAAACCUGCAGGGCUACAUCACUUCUGAUUAUGUCGGCGAGCAGGACUUUUAUCGGGCGGACGUCGCGAAGUAUGCCUUAGAGGGUGAAAUCUUCGACCCGAAGAGCACGGAAUUCUAUGGAUUGAAGGCGUUAGUACCUACUUUAAUACAUGUCGUCGUCGUUAGAAUACUGAACCUGAUCUACUCGUACGUCGCCGAAGUACUCACGAAACUGGAGAACCACGAGACGCAGAGCAUGCACAACAACGCGUUACUUGUCAAACGCUUCAUUUUCGAGGCCGUCGAUGCCUACGCUGGGUUGGUCUUCCUAGGGUUCGUGCGACGGGAUGUGGUAAGAUUGCGCCAGGAGCUCAUCGCUAUAUAUUGUGUGGACACAGCAAGAAGGGUCUUCCAGGAGGCCUUGUUACCUUUAUGUAUCACAGCCAUAACAUCCCUAAGAAACAAGGACACAACCGCUAAGAGGAAGAAAAAUGACGACUUCCGCUCGAUGACCUUGAACCGGACGAAGUCCAACAUCGAUACACGGGCGGAGAAGGAGCUCGCGAAGCCUGUAUAUGAGCCCUUCGACGACUACCUCGAGAUGGUCAUCGAGUUUGGAUAUGUAUGUCUCUUUGCCUCGGUGUUCCCGCUCGGGGCGUUAUUGUCAUUCGUGGCGAAUUUUGUCGAGGUGCGGUCGGACUUGUUCAAGAUCCUUUACGUGUAUAGGAGGCCGUCGCCGAAACGCGCUCGUACUAUCGGCGCGUGGGCUCCUAUCUUGAGGGGUUUGGUCUACGUCGCGAUCGCCUCGAACGCCUUCCUCUUUGCUUUUGGUUCUGAACAGAUGGUGCGCUGGUUCCCGCAAUACUUCGACCGCGUUUCAUUAAGGAAGGCGGGCUUCUCGAAGGACUACGCGAAGAAGGUGGCGCGCGAGGGCGGCGAGAAGAGCGCCGCGGAGGCCCAGGCGGGCAAGGGGCGCGUCGUCGUGUUGGUCGCCGUGGCCCUGGAGCAUCUCGUCGUGCUCGCUUGUGUAUUGGUGGAAUUGGUGAUCCCGUCCAUGGGCGAGGGCACGCGCGUCGAGGUGCAGCGACUGCUCUACGAGCGCGACCGCGCCGCCUCGGCCUAAGUUACACAUCCCUUA